ACAGUACUAUUACAAAGAGAACUAUCUUAUAACACCAAAUCCAAAAUCAAAUUCAAAGGCUUUAUAAUAUGGCUUCAUGGAAGAAAACUAUUGCAUCCCCAUUCAAGAAAGCUUGCACUUUCUUUAACCAACAACCACCAAGGGAACAUAAGAAAUCUCAAAUAGCUGAACAAGAGAAUCGUGGAAUGGAUCUACAUGGUGAAGUCAUGGCAUGUGGUUAUGAAGAUGUUCAUGUUAUGUGGUCAAUACUUGAUAAGUCUAAAUCAACAGCUUGUAAUAUAACUUCUUCAUAAAAUCCCCUUUCAUUUAUCAUCAAUAACAUAAAGUAAAAGUAUAUAUAUUCAGAAGAAAAAAAAGGAAAAAAAAUAUUGAAAUGUUUAGCUAGGUUUUGGUAGGUUAAUAGUGGUGCCCCUUCUUCUUUGAUGAUGGUGGUGGUGGAAGAUUCACUUUGUAAUUUUUGGAAGUGAUUCAAGGUGUUAUUAUUAUUAGGGAAAAUCCACAUGAUGAUUGAUAUGUGCAAAUCAUGGUGAGAUUAUUUGUGAAAUGUAGAUUCUUUUCUCUAUCCA